GAUGAGACGGAAGGCAUGGAAAGUUCCAGCUGGUUCGAGAACUCUGCCAGAGCCUUUAAGCCCGGGCUCGCUCGGCCGGAGCGUGCUUUCGCCGCCUGGGAGCCUUCCGGCCCAGCUGCCUGUCCGGUCCCCGCGGUCCCCGCCCUCCUGCGAUCCGGGAGCCGGCUCGGUUCGGAGCCGAAAGCUGUGCGUUCGGGCAUGCCCCGCUACGAGCUGGCUUUGAUCCUGAAAGCCAUGCAGCGGAUCCCUGGAGCUGCUCUGGUCCCUGAACUCUCCGAGGCCUGCUGCUUCAGAUUUUCCUUCGUAUCUCCAGAGACCGCUGCUGCUUUGAAGCGUACGCUAGAAACCCUGAUGGACAGAGGGGCUGUGUUGAGGAACUUGGAGAACCUGGGCGAGCGUGCACUUCCUUAUAGGAUCUCCGCCCACAGUCAGCAGCACGCCAGGGGAGGGUAUUUCUUGGUGGAUUUUUAUGCACCGACAACAACUGUUGAAGGCAUAAUGGAGCAUUUGUCUCGAGACAUUGAUGUGAUUAGACCAAAUAUUGUAAAGCACCCUCUGACCCAGGAAGUGAAAGAGUGUGAAGGGAUCGUCCCAGUUCCACUUGAAGAAAAGCUGUAUUCCACCAAGAAGAGGAAGUGAGAAGAUUCACCAGAUUUUAGCCUCCUAUUUAAUUCUCUCACUUUUGAGCACCAUGGAUUAAUAACUGACCAGCUUGAUCUUUAUGUAAGAGGGUGCUUUCAGUGCCCUUUGAUUUUUCUAAGGUACUUUUAGUUCUUGAUCCCCUUUGCUGUGAGAAGUCGGGGAAUGGCCUCCUUAGAGCCACUUUGUAAUACAUGGCAUCAGCGCUCCCUGCUCGACUGCGUUUCACGAAUGUAAUUUGUCAGUGAGGGCUUUGCCCUACAGCAGCACUAACGCCGCUUAGAAUAGCAAGGAUUAUAAAAACCACUUUGGAUUGCACGCUAGUCAUUCAGACUGUAUACCACCAUGCAAAAUAAAAUGUUAAGACCAUCGUA